AUGGCGAUUGCCAUGGGCUGGCAUAAGCCCGACAAUGUCGCAGGCUCGUCGGCGCCGGCCAUCAUGGUCGGUCUCUUUGUGGCAUCCGGUGGUUUGCUCUUCGGAUACGACACUGGCGCCAUCAACGGGAUCCUCGCCAUGAUGGCAUUCAAGAAGCAGUUCGCGACCAACUGCGGUUCGCCAGCGGAACCGGAAAUCUGUCCCAAGGAUCUGUCCAUCAUCGUCGCCAUUCUAAGCGCCGGCACCGUUGUCGGCGCCCUUCUCGCGGCCCCGGCUGGCGACUCUCUCGGACGACGCAUAACCCUCCUCCUGUCCGUCGGCGUCUUUUGCAUCGGGGCCAUCUGCCAGGUCUGCGCCGAUGCCGUGCCGCUACUCCUCGUUGGGAGGGCACUCGCUGGCGUUGGUGUUGGCGCCAUCUCCGUCCUGGUCCCUCUCUAUCAAUCCGAAAUGGCCCCCAAAUGGAUACGUGGUACCCUCGUUUGCGCGUACCAGCUGUCCAUAACGAUAGGCCUCCUCGCCGCAUCAGUCAUCAACAUCAUCACGUCCAACCUCACCAACUCGUCCGCGUACCGCAUCCCCCUAGGCCUCCAGCUGGUGCCGGCGCUCAUCCUGACUGCGGGUCUCCUUGUCCUUCCCGAGACGCCUCGCUUUCUGGUCAAAAAGGGCCGUAAGGAGGCCGCAGGACUGUCACUCAGCCGCCUGCGGCGCCUCGAUAUCACCCACCCUGCCCUCAUAGAGGAGCUGCAGGAAAUCAUCGCCAACCACCAGUACGAGCUCACCCUCGGUCCCGACACGUACAAGGACGUGUUUGUCGGCACGCCACACCUUGGCCGGCGCACCUUUACCGGCUGCGGCCUGCAGAUGCUGCAGCAGCUUACGGGCAUCAACUUCAUCAUGUACUACAGCACCACCUUCUUUGGCGGCGUCGGUGUGUCGAGUCCGUAUACGAAGUCGCUCAUUAUCAACGUUAUCAACGUCGUGUCCACGUUCCCGGGCCUUUUGAUCAUCGAAUCCUGGGGCCGGCGACGCCUGCUCAUGAUCGGGGCCGUGGGCAUGGCGACAUGCCAGCUGCUCAUGGCGAGCUUCACGACCGCAGCCGGCCAGGACCUGCGGUACGUGUCGCAGACGAUCCUGGUCGUGUUCUGCUCUCUCAACAUUUUCUUCUUCGCCGCAUCCUGGGGCCCCGUCGCGUGGGUCGUCACGUCCGAAAUCUACCCCCUAAAGGUCCGAGCCAAGGCCAUGUCUCUUUCGACCGCCUCCAACUGGGUCCUCAACUUUGGAAUCGCCUACAGCACGCCGUUCAUGGUCGGCAAGGGGGACGGCAGCGCCAGCUUCGGGCCCAAGGUGUUCUUCAUCUGGGGCGCGUUCUGCAUCAUUGCCGUCUUCUUCGUCUGGUGCAUGGUGUACGAGACGAGCAAGAUCAGCCUGGAGCAAAUCGACGAGAUGUACGAGCGGGUGAACCACGCCUGGAACAGCAAAGCCUUUGAGCCGAGCUGGAGCUUCCAGCAGAUGCUCCACGAUGGGUGGUCGCCGAGUGCGGUGCCGCCGCCCGAGCACGAGCUCCAGGCCACGUCGUCGCACUCGACGGCCGAGACCACGCUCGGCGACUCCAACUCGUCGACCAUCACCAUACACCACGACAACGAGAACGUGACGCCCCAGACCAACCAGAACAAGUCGACACCGACCAUGGCGAAUGUUGAUUUCAGCUACUAG